GACAUCUGUUCUGAGCCGAGAGGAGAGCGACUGGACCUUCGCGGCGCUGUGGCUCGCUCUGUACCGUGACCGCAUGAGACUCGGACCGAACUCCGCUGCCGUGCCGUGUAGAUAUAUAGAGAUCUUCACGUAUAGGUGUCUUUGUUUUGCUGUUUGGUAGCUUUUUUUUCCUGGGCUGGACCUUUUAGCUCGUCACCAUGACAACGUUGUCGCUGAUUUUGAUGGCGGUGUCGGCUGCAUCUGUUCUGGCCGAGUCCACUGUGCACUUCCGAGAGCAGUUUGAGGACUCCGAUGGCUGGAAGAGUCGCUGGGUGGAAUCCAAACACAAGUCAGACUAUGGCAAGUUCGUCCUGUCUGCAGGGAAAUUUUAUGGGGACGUGGAAAAAGACAAAGGUCUGCAGACGAGCCAGGAUGCCCGCUUUUAUGCUCUGUCAGCCCGUUUCGAUGACUUCAGUAACAAGGGCCAGCCUUUAGUCAUCCAGUUCACUGUGAAACACGAGCAGAGCAUUGACUGUGGUGGAGGCUACAUCAAACUGUUCCCCUCUGAACUCAACCAGGAGAACAUGCACGGAGACUCUGUCUACAACAUCAUGUUUGGUCCUGAUAUUUGUGGUCCAGGCACUAAGAAAGUCCACGUGAUCUUUAACUACAAAGGCAAAAACCAUUUGAUUAACAAGGACAUCCGGUGCAAGGAUGAUGAGUAUUCCCACUUGUACACACUGAUCGUCAAUCCUGACAACACUUACGAGGUGAAAAUCGACAAUAAGAAGGUGGAGUCAGGCAAUCUGGAGGAUGACUGGGACUUCCUGCCCCCCAAAAAGAUUAAAGACCCAGAGGCCAAAAAGCCAGAGGACUGGGACGACAGGGAGAAGAUUCCAGAUCCUGACGAUAAGAAGCCAGAGGACUGGGACAAGCCCGAGAACAUCCCAGAUCCUGAUGCUAAAAAGCCCGAUGACUGGGAUGAGGAGAUGGAUGGAGAGUGGGAGCCACCGAUGGUUACCAACCCUGAUUAUAAGGGCGAGUGGAAGCCCAGAGAGAUUGAUAACCCUGCUUACAAAGGAAAGUGGGUCCACCCUGAGAUUGACAACCCAGAGUACACGGCUGACUCUGAGAUCUACAAGUACAGCAGCAUCGGUGUGAUUGGGCUUGAUCUGUGGCAGGUCAAGUCUGGCACCAUUUUUGAUAACUUCCUUAUCACCAAUGAUCCAAAACUGGCUGAAGAAGUGGGCGACGAUACCUGGGGUAAAACUAAGGAUGCUGAGAGAAAAAUGAAGGAAGCCCAAGAGGAAGAAGAUCGUAAAAACCGCGAGGAGGAGGACAAGAGACGAGAGGAGGCAAAGGAGGAAGAUGAGGAGGAGGAGGAGAAGGAGGAGGAGGAAGAGGAGGAGGAGGAGGAAGGAGAGGAGCCUGAAGAGGAGGAGGAGGAAGAGGAGGAAGAUGAAGGCACAGACUCUAAACUCAAAGAGGAGUUAUAAGCUCAGGAACUGCUCAGCCCGUUUGCAUAAGUGGGCCUCUGAAUGGAGACUGGAGGGAAAGAGCCUGAUGACUGACACCCUGGGGGGCGGGGCUUUGACAUUUGUUUGUUUACGAAAGUGAUAGGUCAAAAGGGUGGUUACUGCUUUGUUUUUCUGUUUUGAUGAGCCACUUCUGCAAUUAUUAAUAUAAUUAUUCUUAUUGUUAAAAUUUGAACAAUGGAAAUUAAAACGCCAAGAGAGGUGAUUAUAAAACUGCAGUCAUGUGUUUUGCAGAGGUUAAUAUAAAGCUGUAGCAGGAAGGUGUAUUCUGUGCAAGAACGGUGCCAUGAGAAGGUUUUGUUUACCUCAUGAGCUUUGUUUGUCUUGUUUAUUUGUGUUGUUUUGUUUGGUUAAAAAUACUCCACACAAAUUAUUGUUUCAGGAUUGGAUGGACGUGGACACACUCAUCCAUGUCUUCUGUCAGAUUCGCACAAAGAAUACAAACAUGCAUUAGGAUUAAAUCUAUAUUUUAAACCUGCUCUAAUCAGCCGUAAGUCUGAGAACUGAAUCAUGAGGUUGCUUUAGCCUUUCCCCAGUUAUGUAUGGUGUGUUUAACACUUUUAUUUCCAAUAAAGUCCAUGCACUGUAAACUUGUUUGAGAACAAUAUUCAGAGUUAAUUGUACGUUUAGAUCUUCGCAGUAGCAUGAAAUCUUCUCAACAUUCGAAACACUCACCUGUAGUGUUCUCAUCAUUUAUGUGUAAAAUCUGCCUGUUCAUUUCUGAUUCCAACAUGUCUGCACCCACCACUUCGCUCCGUAACGUCUGAUUAAUGCUCCUUUUGUAGGACACAUUUUUGUACUAAUGUUAGGAAAUGAGCUGGGGCAAUUGCUGCUGUGUAAAAAAGGAAUUCAAUAAAGGCAACCGGAACAACUCA